UUGGUUUUAUUUAUUCUUCACGUAAAUAAGGAGCUCUGCUUCUGUGUUUUGAGUGAAGGAUCCAAAUGAGUCGUUCCUGCAAGGCUCUGAGUCCUGCAAAGAUGGAUUAAUUUAGGGGGGAAACUCAAAGGAGAAGUAGGACAAGGAGUCACGGGGUUCUUGAAUAAUAAAAAGUGGAUAAAAUUCAGAAAAGCCCUUGGGACUUGUGCCGGGACACCGGAGCAAAGCUGAGCUCCUGAGAGCUCCUUCUGUCACAAAAUCCAACCCUGGCUGGCACUGAGCACCUCCUCGGGCCGGGAUCUGCAGGGAAGAGUCGGGAUUUGCUCCCGGAUUUUGGGGAGGAGGAGGAAGAGGCUGGCCAGCCUCUGUUCCUGUCAAAGCUCCAAAACCAGAGCUUCAGAAAGAGCAGGAUUCUCCCGUGGGCUUGGGAUGAUGCUGGAAAAGUGUUCUUCCUGUUCCAAAGGGGAAUGCAUCAAGCCUGUAAAAGUGGACAAAAAGCCUGGAAAAGCAGCAGCCAAGAUCAGAAUCGAAGCUGAUGGAAGCUAUUUCCAGGUCAAUCAGGAUGGGGAAGCACAAAAGCUGGAGAAGGCCAAAAUCACCCUGAACGAUUGCCUGGCCUGCAGUGGCUGCAUCACCUCGGCUGAGAGCGUUCUGGUCAGCCAGCAGAGCCACGGGGAGCUCUGCAAGGUGCUGGCUCUCAACAAGGCUGCUGCUGCCCACGAGCAGAAACUGGUGGUGGUUUCUGUCUCUCCCCAGUCCAGAGCCUCCCUGGCUGCAAGGUGCAAGCUGGGGCUGCUGGAGACAGCUCAGAAGCUGACCACGUUCCUCAAGAGUUUAGGUGUGCACCACGUGUUUGACACAACUUUCUCCAGGAACUUCAGCCUCCUGGAGAGCCAGAGGGAGUUUGUGAGACGCUUCCACAGACAAGCAGACGACAAAAAGGCUCUGCCCAUGCUGGCCUCUGCCUGCCCAGGUUGGAUCUGCUACGCAGAGAAAACCCACGGCAGCUUCAUCAUUCCCCACAUCAGCACCACCAAAUCCCCCCAGCAGGUCAUGGGCUCCUUGGUCAAGGGCUACUUUGCAGAGCAGCAGGACAGGGGGAUUUUGGCUGCCUCAGCCUUGUCUCUCUUGCAGCACCUGCCCCCUGACAGGAUCUACCACGUCACAGUCAUGCCCUGCUAUGACAAAAAGCUGGAGGCCUCCAGGCCAGACUUUUUCAACCAGGAAUACCAGACCAGGGAUGUGGAUUGUGUCAUCACCACAGGAGAAGUGCUGAAGCUGCUGGAGCAAGAAGGAGUGUCCCUGUCAGAUGUAGAUCCCUCUCCCCUGGACACCAUGCUGGGCAGGGCUGCGGAGGAGCUCAGCAGCCACCGCGGCGGGGGCUCGGGGGGGUACCUGGAGCACGUUUUCAGGCACGCGGCCCAGGAGCUCUUCGGGAUCCACGUGGGCUCAAUCCACUACAAACCUCUCAAGAACAAGGACUUCCAGGAGGUGACCCUGGAGAGGGAUGGAGAGGUCCUGCUCCAGUUUGCUCUGGCCUAUGGCUUCAGGAACAUCCAGAACCUGGUGCAGAAGCUGAAGCGAGGGAAGUGCCCCUAUCACUACGUGGAGGUCAUGGCCUGUCCCUCAGGCUGUUUGAAUGGAGGAGGGCAAAUCAAACUGGAGGGGGAAUCCAGCAAGGAGGAGCUGCAGCAGGUGGAGAGGUUGUAUGAAUCCCUGAGGGCUGAGAUUCCAGAGGAAAACCAGGCUGUGGGGGAGCUCUACCAGCACUGGCUGGGGGGCUGGGGCUCAGAGAAGGUUCUGGAAGUGCUGCACACACAAUACCACGCCGUGGAGAGAGCAAACUCUGCCCUCAACAUCAAGUGGUGAGGGCUGCCCAGCCCAGCAGAUCCUCAGUGCCUUCUGAACUCCCACUGCUGAUUCUCCAAGGACUCUGUGCAAUUCCUGCCUCUGGGAAUGUGCCUGGCACUGCUCAUUCCUUCAGCUGGAGGAUGAGGUGAUGGGAAUGAACCCCAAAUUCUGACAGGAGACACAUCCCGGGCUGAUGGGCCAGACCCUGCACUGUUCCAGCAGCCCCAUUCCUGCCAGAACCGAGCAGUUCAUGGAUUGAGAGCUCAGCUCCAGACUGAGCUUUGUGUCACACCCCAAUCUUCCUCCCCCAGGCCUUGCUGGAUUGUCCCAGCUCUCAGUUCCAUGCCUGCCUCUGCUGGAACGUCCUCACUGCGUUAGAAAUGGUCUCCUGAGGCCUGGAGGUGCCACAGCUCGCUGCCCUGCAGGGUCUGUGCCCUCGGAGAGGGGCAUCCAAAGCCUGGGAUCAUCCCUGGGGCUGGCUCAGUGCCUGCUGGGAAGGGACUGGAGUGAAUGCUGGACAAAACCCUGUGAUUCCUUGUCCUUAAAUUAUAAUAAUUUAUACCAAG